UUAAUUUUUAAUUUUUAAUUUUUAUUUUUAAUUUUUCUUUUGUUCUUUCUCAUUCCUCAACUGUAGACGGCUGUCGGAAAAUUUUCUCCGGUUCUCAUCGUUUUCGUCUAAUAUUCGAAGCUUUUUGGCGUUACAGAUUGUUCGAUUUCUCGAAUCUUUCUCAGUUGACCAUGGGUGCAGUUCGAAACCCUAAAUCAUCUCUGGGGACCUAAAAUGGAGCGGAGAUUAUUAGAAUCUUUCUUUUCAAUUGUCUGUUAGGAGUUUGGUUUAGAGGAAUUUUAACGCAAUUUGAUUAAUUAGAUGUUUCAUGCAAGGUUUAGUUGGUUUCUGAUGCUUAGGAGCAUCAUUCGGAAGUCGAUGAAGGACAAGAAGACUUUCGUUGCCCAUGUUGGAGAUCAAGGCAUUGCAGCAUCAACUCCCGAUCAUGUUAUAGAACCACCGCCUGCCAAAAGGCCUACUCGACAAUGGGCUGCUUGGACACGUGAAGAGGAGGAAAGUUUCUUCACUGCAUUACGGCAAGUUGGCAAGAAUUUUGAAAAGAUCACUUGUCAUGUUCAAAGCAAAAACAAGGACCAGGUCAGACAUUAUUAUUACCGUCUAGUAAGGCGUAUGAAUAAGCUGUUGGCUCCUGGGUUAUGUCUGGAUGCAAAAAACUCUAAGGAUACUAAUGCUGCAAUGCUUCGAUGGUGGUCGUUACUGGAAAAAUAUAGUUGCAAAGCUUCAAAACUUCACCUGAAACCACGGCGUUUCAAGAUUUUUGUUGAAGCGUUGGAGCAUCGACUUUUGAAAGAUCGGAAGAAGACUGUAAGAAAACGUCCGUUGCAGGGAGAAAACUGCCCUCCACCAAUAGCCAAUGGUGUCUCAAAUCAGAGUAGAGCUUUAGGGCAUGAUGGGCUUGCAGUUAAGUUAGUUUUAGUUGACACUCAAAACAUUCCAAAAUUGGGCCCUAGAAAAACUGUGUCAAAACGCAAUUUGAAUGUUGGUAUUAACCGUGGAAACAAUGGUGGAUAUCCCACAGUCCUCAAACCAUCGAGGCAGAGAAGAAAAUCAGAAGGAGGUGUGUCAUCAGCUGCAUAUAAAAAAUGGGAAAAAGCUGCAAUAGCAGGUGUUUCUUUGGUUGCUGAUGCUGCUGAGCAUUUAGAGCGCAAUGUCACUGAUGAGAAUGUUUUACGUGACCAAAAUACUCUAGGGAAAAAGAGUACUGAUCCUGCUGGGAGCCCCUUGCUUCUAUUGCCUUCUCUUCAGCCAAAUUCCUUGAUUGAUGUUGCUUCUACAAAGCUGAAGCUUCAGCUAUUCCCAGUUGAUGAUGGUACUCGUAGAGCCUUGGAAUUGGAUAAACAUAAUCCACAUUUGGAGCUUACUCUCAGUACUCGCAAGAAAAUUUCAUCAGUUUUAGAGCAUCUAAGUCGUAAAUGGGGUAACUCAAGUGCUGCUCAUGGAGAGCUUAUGCUUUUUCCAUACAGUAUCCAGAGGAAAAGCCUGGCAGAUUGUCAGAGAUGGGCGCAAGACUCUUUUGAGAGUGCCGGUGAUGUCUAUGCAACAAUUGGAAGGCCCCAAGUUUUUCGUUUAAGGUAUGGUUGGUGUUGCAACGCAGAACAUGGGUCUGUUGAAUUACAGACUUCCGUACCAGCAUACUGCAUUCAAGAUGAUCAUGUCAUGGAUUCCAGGGAUAUUGAGGGAAGAAUUGUGGAUGUAGCAUCAAUUGAUGCUCAACCUGUGAACUUUAAUAAGAAUGAAGUAGGUACAUUGAGUAAAAAUAUGUCAACUCCUACUGCGCCCAGUGAGACAGAGAGGUCCAUAUCCGCACGUCCAAAUGAUGAUCUUCCAAGGUCCUCUAAUCCUGCAUUAAAUAUGUCGUGGGAUAAAAAGAAUGUUGCUGAUACAACUAUCAUCCAACGAUCUGAGGAUGUGGAUGACCUGAAGUCAAGCAAUGGGACUUCCUUAUCAGCUGGGGAAUGGGCUGACAGCCUUACAAACAUAAGCAUUGGAGACCUACUUUCAGGAGUUUCUCAGGAUGUGGAUGCCAACUGCGUUGUCACUCCUCUUGCCGAAGGCACCCAAUGUCUUCAGCAGAUCCCAUUCAGCUGUGAUUCAUUUGAUGCUGCAAUUGCUGCUCAUAUAUCCAGACAGCAAAAUAAGACAGUUUCUCAUCCAACUUUGCUGUCUCAUGCAUCCUCCAUAUUUGAUGCCGAAGAGACAUGCAAUGCCUUCUCAUUUCAAAAGAAUCCAGUCAUCCUUCACGAUGUUUCUAGUUCGUUCACAUUCUCAUCUGUCCGAGCUUGCGGACAUAUUGCUAGAACUAACUCCAUGGGAUCCUGCCACAUGACUGAAGAUUUACCUAGAUCAGAGUGCAGCCCUAGUGAGGAUCACAUUCAAGGAGAUCCAAAGGACGAGUGUCAGGCUAAUCCACAGAUCUCGGAGACAAACAAUAUCGACGAACUAGCAGACAUUUAUUGGCCUGAUUCUCUAGGCCCGUUGGAUUUGGAUUUUCCACAGACUAACAAGUACCAUAACGAGGAACUAAUUUUAGGGGACAGCCUUAGCAGCUUAAACCGUUUGAUAGCAAGCAGCUUGGAUGCAUUUCAAAGUUGCUCCUUUUUCGGGUUCGACAAGAAAGAACCAUCAGCAUUCAACAGUUGAUCUCCAGAAAGCCUCCUCAUAAGAUUUUUUUUAAAGAUGGAAGCGAAGCAGUUCGCCUUCGAAUCCAGAAACUAGUAAAGAAAAGAAGCAAUUCUGUAAUCUUGGAUCCAGAAUUCAGCCAUAGCCAAAGCUCGGUGCUGCUGCCCACGUGAGUAGUUCACAAUCAUGGAUUUGUAUCUAAAAAUUUCUUUGCUUCUGUACAAAAUAGACAUGGAAAAGGAAAAUCCACUUAAUUUCUAACGUUUUUUCUUAGUGUUCUUAAUGAGGGCUGUGUGUUCAGUUCCUGUAAAUUGUACACAGUUAAAGCUGAUGAGAAAGAACAUCUUCAACCCAA